CGCAGCCAUGGCCAGCCCGGAGCCCCUGCGUGGCGGGGACGGCGCCGCCCAGGCCGCGAGGGAAACAGGCACAGAGAGCAGUCCUCUUCAAGAAGAGAACUUUGAAUCCCAAGAAGAGGCCAGGAUUUUGAAUCCAGAAGCCACUUUGGCUUUGCAGGGGAAUGUGAACCUAGAAGACACUUUUUUUCUGGGGGACACAGAUGACUUUGAAGAGCUACUCUAUGUGGAGGAGCCCGAGAAGCCAGAGGAGACGUUGUAUAUCGCAGAGUCCAGGCAGACAGAGGAGGCACCGUAUGAGGAAGAAGCUGUGAGUCCUAAGGAGACGUCUGUGCAGGAGCCUGUGAGACCAGCAGAGAGCCCAAGCCCGGAGCAGAGCGCGUGUGAGGAAGAGAUGGUGACGAGGGAGGAGAACUCUAACCCCGAGGAGAACCUUCCAAGUGCGCCGAGCCCCAGCACCGAGGCGGCCCUGAGCGUGGAAGACCUGGAACUGCUGGAGGGUCGUUUCCAGCAAUGUGUGCAAGCCGUGUCCCAGCUAGAAGAGGAGCGAGAUCAACUCAUCCAUGAACUUGUGCUGCUCCGGGAACCAGCCCUGCAGGAGGUGCAGCAGGUCCAUCAGGACAUUCUGGCUGCCUACAAGCUGCACGCCCAGGCCGAGCUGGAGAGGGAUGGGCUGAGGGAGGAGAUCCGGCUGGUCAAGCAGAAGCUGUUCAAGGUGGCCAAGGAGUGUGUGGCCUACCAGUACCAGCUGGAGUGUCGCCAGCAGGAUGUGGCACAGUUUGCUGAUUGCAGAGAAGCACUGACCAUGCGGGCAGCCCAGCUCUCCGAGGAACUGGCCCAGCUCCGGGACGCCUCGCAGAAGCAGAAGGAUCAGUUGAGGCAACAGCUAGAAGCACCCCCGAGCCAGAGCGAUGGCCACUUUCUGCAGGAGAGCCGGCGGCUGUCUACCCAGUUUGAGAACCUUAUGGCCGAGAGCCGCCAGGGCCUCGAGGAGGAGUACGAGCCUCAGCUGCUGCGGCUCCUGGAGAGGAAAGAGGCAGGGACCAAAGCUCUGCAGAAAACCCAGGCCGAGAUCCAGGAGAUGAAAGAGGCCCUGAGACCUCUGCAAGCAGAGGCCCGGCAGCUCCGUCUGCAGAACAGGAACCUGGAGGACCAGAUCACGCUCGUGAGGCAGAAACGGGACGAAGAGGUUCAGCAGUACAGGGAGCAGCUGGAGGAGAUGGAAGAGCGACAGAGGCAGUUGAGAAGUGGGGUGCAACUCCAGCAACAGAAGAACAAGGAGAUGGAGCAGCUGAGGACCAGUCUCGCUGAGGAACUCUCAACUUAUAAGGCUGUGCUACCCGAGAGCCUGGAACAGGCUGAUGUUCCUGCUUCUCAGGCAGGUGGAGUCGAGACACAAUCCCAAGGGACUGCUUAGAAAUGUACGGCGGGAUCUGUAACCCAGACUCAAAAUGCUUCUUAGCCAAGGAUCACUAAGUACCCUAGAGGCAGUUCUCCCCAGCAGUCAGUCACUGUUCAUUCUGAGAAAACUGCAAAUAUUGGCUGACUGCCUAAAAAAGAUUUUAAGGCUGGCUGGGAGAACUUUGAUUUGGACUCUUUUAUAGGAUGCUGGAUCUCAAUGUACUGACAAAUGGAAAAACGAGCCUCUGGUUUUUCAGCAGCAGCAGCAGCACCCACAUGCACACGGAGUAAAGGAUGUAUGUAUGGACACACCUUGCAGUAUUGUGAAGAAUGUAAUUUGCCUUGUGUUGAUUCAAAUCAGUGACAUUCAUUUUGAGGAACGAACAAAGUUGGGGUUAAAGAGGCAGCCAAUCUUUUUUUGGUUUUCUUCAAGGGAGGGUUUUGCUCUAGCCCAGGCUGACCUGGAAUUCAUUAUGUAGUCUCAGGCCAGCCUUGAACUCAGCGAUCCUCCUACCUCUGCCUCCCAAGUGCUGGGAUUAAAGGUAUAUACUACCAUGCCUGGCCCGAUUUUUAUAUUGGCUUACAACUUAAAAUUAUUUUGUGCCAUGGGUGUUAAGAUUUUAAAUGAAUCCUCUUGCAAGGUUUACUUUUUCUUAAAAGCUAUGCACUCACAUACUUUAAAGUUUUGUGUGUAUAUGUAUCUGUUAUUUUUGAGACAGGGUCUUAUGUAGCCCAGGCUGGCCUCCAACUUACUAUGUGGCUAUGGGUUACAGGUGUGCACCACCAUGCUUGACUGAAAAUAAUCUUCACUACAUGCUAGAACUAGAUUUGAACUUAAUGGCUUAUGAUUAUUCAGAUUUUCCCUGAGACCUAAAUGAUUUUUUGGGGGUCAGAAUGAUCUACUUAGCCAAAACAAAACCUGAAAAGCACCAGGCAUUUUUAUCUGGUUAUGGCAUGUGGUGAUAAAGGCUUUUAGAGCCUAUUACCCUUUAAGGGCUGGCCCCUGUACACUGGGCAGAUACAAUCUCUGUAAUAAGAGGUUUAUGUGUCUUUUCCAAAUUUAAAACCUGCCUUAAGUUAAAUUCUCUACCGUACUGCCUUUGACUGUUUAAAGCCUUUAGUUUCUCUAAGGCAGACUUGAGAAAGAUGUAAUUUUAUCACAGAUUAGUUUGUGUACCUCUCUCUAUCCAGUGUUGUAUUAUCUGUCUUUCACUUUCCCUGGCAAGGAGUAAAAGCUCUUUUCUACA